CAGCUGUUUGGCUGUCACUGUCAGUCAGCUGUCAAGUGAAUACAGUAAAAAAUCACAAAAAUAGGGGUUUUCGUCUUUGGUUUUCAUUUUCAAAAUAAAUCGCAAGUAAGGAAGCCGAACGUAUUUAGUUUGGUUCGUGCAGUAACUCUUUAGGUUGCUUGUGUUUAUUUCGUUGCUGUUGAAGCUGUGAUAACGAUGUCUCAAGCUCGAUUGGCGACUUGUAUUCCUUUGCCGCUGGACCACAAAGUCUUGGUGAAUGUUAUUGAAAAAGCAAAAGACUGGGCGUUGAUGCAUGGAGUUGGAAUGAGGGAUAAGAAGCAAUUCAAUAAGGACUCCAUUCAGAUCGCCCCAUUUGUACUGCUGCCGUCACCAUUCCCACAGACGGAGUUCAACAAAGCUGUGGAGCUGCAGCCCGUACUGAACGAGCUGAUGCAUAAGGUGGCACAUGACGACGAGUUCUUAGAACACACGCUACAGAACGCCUUGCAAGUGGACGAGUUCACCGCCAAUCUCUACAACAUCUGGGUGAAAGUCAGGAACGAGGGGGUGGCUCAGCCGAUAUCGCUAGGCAUGCUCCGUUCGGACAUCAUGUUGGAGUCGCGGUGUCCCCACACGGAGAAUCAGUGCGCGAAGCACACGCCCUACUGCUCGUGGAAGCAAGUGGAGAUUAACAGUAUUGCGUCCGGCUUCGGACACCUAGGGCCCGUCUCGAGGGAGAUUCAGAGCUACAUAUUGAGGCAACUUGGACAUGGUGAUCUAAUUAAAAAUAUGCCCGAAAACCGCGCUCUAUCCGGCCUCUGCUCGGGUAUAACGGACGCUUUCGACUUGUUCGGGGCGCCGGACGCGGUCGUCAUAUUCGUUGUGGAAGAGGUCUCUUACAACAUCUGCGAUCAACGCUUCCACGAGUUCUAUAUAUCUGAGACACGUCCUGAGAUACAGAUAAUGAGGAAGACUUUAAAUGAAAUUUAUGAAGAGACUGAACUUAACGAUAAGAAGCAAUUGAUUAUAGAUGGACGCCCAGUCGCUGUGGUGUACUACCGGUCGGGAUACGAACCGGCGCAAUACCCAUCGUCGCGGGAGUGGGACGCAAGACUGCGCGUUGAGAGAUCCACAGCAAUCAAGUGCCCCUCCAUCCACUAUCAGCUAGCCGGCACGAAGAAGGUGCAACAAGCACUGGCAGGACCGGGUGUGUUGGAGAAGUUUAUGGGCGCGGGCGCAGCGAGUAGUCGCGUGCGGGAUAUAUUCACGGGCCUCUACUCGUUGGACUUUGACGAGGGCGGCGAGAGGGCUGUAGAAAUGGCGCUUGAGGACGCAGAAAGAUUCGUUCUGAAACCGCAGCGCGAAGGUGGUGGUAACAACCUGUACGGUGCGGACGUACGCGAUGCUCUCGUACGCAUGCGCCACAGCCGCGAGCGCGCCGCCUACAUCCUCAUGGAACGCAUCCUGCCGCCGCUGGUUUCCGGAUACGUGGUAAGACCGGGCGCAUCUGUCCCACCGCCCGUCACUGACUUGGUCUCUGAACUAGGAAUAUUUGGGGUCAUCAUUGGCACCAAAGACAAGAUCUUCAGCAACAAGCAAGUGGGGCACAUGCUGCGCACCAAGCUAGCAGACGCCAAUGAGGGCGGAGUCGCCGCCGGCUUGGGGGCUCUUGACUCGCCCUACUUGCUGCAACUCUAGCACGAUACGUCUAUGGAACUUAUGACGUCUCUGAACUAGCCAUGAUAUGUUUGAAAUCUAGAGCGGUAUUACCACAGAACAGAGGCGGUACUGAACGUCAUGUCGUGCUCAAAGUAAACGUAUUAACACCAUGUUACCUACAAGAAAUCAAUUUAGCAUUUCUAAAUAAAUAUUUUUAUAACCUACCCAAAAACAUUAUGGCUGUGCCAUACAUUUGAUAUUGAUAGUUAAAUAGAUAUUAUUUUUAUCUGAAUUAUUAUUAAUUUUUUUCGAACACUUUCGAUUGACUUUUUGAACUUAUUUAGGCUUGCAAGAGCGUUAUAUUUGGUGCUUUAAUAUAAACCAUAAGGCGCGCGUAUACGCGAUUACCAAAACUAAGCCUCUGAGCGCUUAAAACGUUAAUCGGAGUCUUCAUAAUUGUUUAAAAUAAUUACCCUCUUCAAACGGUCACCACAAGUUGGGAACAAAACUUUUAAGCAGAAAUGUUUGAAAAAUUUCGUCCACUACUUGUGUACUUUAUAAAAAUGGGUGUCAAUUUGUAACAAUUUCGUUAUUUAAUUUUAACCUAAUAAUUAUCAUGUUAUUACUAAUGGAAAAGGUAUUAUUAAUUCUACAUUCCGUUUUUCUGUCUUGUUUUUAUUU